AUGGCUGACUCACAGAGCUCCGCUCACCUCUCAGGAGUGACUGCUGCUGCUGCUGCUGUUCCUGCCGCAGUAGCCUCAAUAAAAAACGCGCUCAGCAAACCCACCGAGGCGAAGGGAGACCCCGACAACUGCUGCCAGCCUUCCCGAGAUUUCAACGCACCGCCGCCCAAGAAGGUGCGAGUCGAGGAGAAGAGCGUCAAAGCCAAGAAAGUCAGCAAGGACGGAGGCAUGGGCAGCGGCAGCGGGAGAGAGAAACUCCAGAAGCCCACGCAGCAGAGUUACGGCAGCAACGCGGGUUCGUGGAGCUUCAGUCCGGUUAAGAUGAGCAGCAGCAGCCCCCCGGUGCCCGCUGCCGGUGGAUACCAACCGCCGACAAGCACACACAAAGUAUUCAAACAGAGCAAUUUCUUCCUCCACAAGGCGCCUUCUUCGAAACCCAAGUGCAAAGAUAAACAGAAAGAGAGGGAAAAGGGAAGAGGAGGCGUGGAAGACAAGAAGAAACAUAAACUGUCGCUGACCCCCGGACCCAUGGGUAACGUUAGUAACAGCAACGAUACGCGCGGGUUUAUCAACAUUUCUGCAGUGAAGAGAGAAAAUGGAGAGUUCACGUUAUUACCCAAAGAGCACUCCAGCAAAGACAAGACAAAAGAGCGGGAGAAGAAGAAGGUUAAAGAAAGAGAAAAAGAGAAGGAGAAGAAGAAGCACAAAGUGAUGAAUGAGAUCAAGAGGGAGAACGGGGAAGUCAAGCAGCCAAUUAAAGAAGAAAAAGAGAAAGCAAAGAUCAACUCAGAGGAGCUUCAAAUAAAAAAAGUGAAGAAGAAAAAGAAGAAGAAACACAAAGAAGGAGACAGGCACAAGCGAGUGAAGAUGUUCCACCGCUCCUGCCAAACCAUUUGUGCCGGCCUGCUCCUCCUCCCUCCUUCCUCUGCAUCCACAAACUCCUCUUCCCCCAGUGGACUUACAAACAGCUCCGCCCUUUCUCCCUUCAAAUCUCCUCUGCCUGUUUACCCCCCACCCAACAACAAAACGUCCCACCUUACGCCCUCCUCUCCUUCAAAAUCCCUCUUCGAUUCCUCUCUUCACAACUCCCUCAACUCUCCAUCGUCCUCCCCUAAGAUCCAUUUACCAGUAAAACCCCUUUCACAGUCUUCAUAUCCUGGUCUGGUUGGUCUGGAGUUUGUCCCGUAUAUUCAUAUAGAGAGCCAGCCUAAUGGAGGAGCCCUGGUGGCUCAUGCCUAUACGUCCCAACUCUCGUCUCUCUCGACAGAUCAGAGGCAGAGAUUUGCCCAGGAGUUUGUCUCUUUGGUGUUCAGUGAGGAUAAAUCCCAGGCUGCUCAUUAUGUCAUGGGGAUUGUUCAUGGAGAAGCCAGCUACUUACCAGAUUUCUUGGAUUACUUCUCAACAAAGUUCCCAUCAGCACCAGUGAAAAUGGAAAUACUGGGAAAGAAGGACAUAGAAACAACCACUAUGGCUAAUUUCUACUCUCAGGUGAAGAAGACUUACUGUCAUGGUACGUACCGGGCCGGAGCAAUGAGGCAGAUCAGCCUGGUGGGAGCCGUGGACGAAGAGGUUGGGGACUAUUUCCCAGAAUUCCUGAGCCUGUUGGAGGACUCCCCCUUCCUGAAGCGCACUCUUCCGUGGGGAACGCUCUCCAGUCUGAGGAGCAUGAGCCCGACAGAGAGUGACGAUGGUCCGAUAAUGUGGGUCAGACCAGGAGAACAGAUGAUACCUGUAGCUGACAUACCAAAGUCUCCUUUCAAAAGAAAGCGCUCCACCAACGAGGUGAAGAACCUCCUGCAGUCGCUGCCCAGAACCUCCGAGCCGCGAGAGAUGCUGUUUGAGGACCGGACUCGGGCCCACGCCGAUCACAUCGGGCAGGGUUUUGAGCGCCAGACCACGGCGGCGGUGGGGGUGCUGAAGGCUGCGUGCGCUGCAGAAAACCCGGGGCCUCCUCGUGUAACCAAAGAUGUUAUAUGUUUCCACGCUGGUGACUUCCCUUAUGUUGUUGAGAGGCUGCAGCUGGACUUACAUGAACCCCCGCUGUCUCAGUGCGUGCAGUGGGUGGACGACGCCAAACUUAACCAGCUGCGCAGGGAGGGCAUUCGCUAUGCCCGCAUCCGCCUGUGCCACGACGACGUCUACUUCAUCCCCCGAAACGUGGUCCACCAGUUCAAGACGGUGUCUGCCGUCUGCAGCCUGGCCUGGCACGUCCGCCUGCAGCUGUACCACCGAGCAGAGGGACAGCAGGAGCACGAGGAGCUGAGGGAGGAGGAGGAGCAGCCUGAGAUGAAGGAGACAGAAACAGCGGCUCAAGAGAAGACUGAAGAAAGGGAGAGGAAGGGAGCAACGAUGGAUGAGAGCAGGGUGAAGGGGAGGAUAAAGGAAGAAAAUGAAGAGGUAGAAGUGGCAGAAAACAGGACGUUGCUCGGUGGUAAAGAGGAACAUGAUGGUCGACCACAGAAUCCAUUUCUGAUGUCUCAGCCUGCUAACUCAAAGGUUAGCAGCCCACGGGUCAAAGUGGAGGUGACAGAGAGCCUAAAGGCAGCCCGAGAAUCAGAGCAUCAGGAUGCUCCUCCAGCAAAGCUGAAGGCCGAACAUCCGACCUGCAAAAACAAACCCCCAUCACCUCUCCCUCGGCCACCUCCUUCCUCUCUUCCUUUCCAAAAGAACGUGAAACCUAAAGCCUCCUUUAAGUCUCACCACCUCCUCCAUCAUCGCUUAGACAGCAGGACACAGUCUUCCAGUAAAGCGUCCUCCUCCUCCUCAGCUCCCACACCUUCCCUUUCUACAACCUUUUCUACGUCUUCCACCCCGGCAACGUUUUCAACAGGAUCUCCUGUCACCUCUUUUCAGUCGUCCUUUUCAUCUUCUACCUCUUCUCCCACGGCUCUCCUGUGCACACCUUUGUCCCUGUCAGCCGCCUCCUCCCCCCUGACGAGUCCCAAGCCUCCAGCCGACUCCCGUGUCACGCUCCCUGCCUCUCCUUGUCGGCUGCCUGCCUCCUCUCAGCCGCAGCGGCAGCAGGACUCCCUCCAGCUGAGGCCAGAUGUGCUCUCAGACUCACGGACGCAGCCGCAGCAGGAGCUUCAGACCUGUCAGGGGUCGCCUGCUGCCGAUGGACAGACGCACUGCUCCCAAGCGGACUCCUGGACUCACACGCUGCCGGACACGCGGACGCAAACUGCCCCAGAGACCUGGACUCAGAGUCCAGACUAUGACGCCAGGACUCCUUCAGACUUGCAGAUGCUCCCGCCACAGGACGCCGCCAGGCGAGGAAUUUACAUGCAGCACCUAGCUGCUCCUCACCUCCCGCAGAUGCUUCCUCCCUCGUUCCCCCCUCUGCUGCCACACUCCCACCUGCCUAACAGAGCUCCAGCUUUCCCCCCUAAUCCGCUCUCUAACCCCUCCCUCCCUCAGCCGCAAAACCUCAACUCCUUCCUGGGUCAGACGGGGCCGCCUCGCUCCGUUCACAUGAGCCACCUCCAUGCUUCACACCAGGCAGACAUCAGCCCCCAGUCUCAGCCCUACUUCCAGACGCCCUUAAUGCCCCCCCUGUCCCCCCCGAACACCCCCCUCACCAGCUCCCAGUCUCUCCCACCUCAUCUGUCUUAUCAGCACCAGUUUGCCAAGGCCUUCUUCCCCCCUCAGCACCCCACCUUCCCCUCUCACCCCUUCCUCCCCCCACAGUCUUUCCUCUCUCAGCCACCGGGCUCUUACCCCCUACCACCACAGUACCAAACCUCAGCCCAGGUGCAGGUUCAGCUCCCUCUUUCACAGUCGUUUCCUCACCCUCCUCCUCCUCCUUCCGCCUCACCGCCUCUCCCUCCUCCCCCUCUUCCUCCCCCUCCUCUCCCCCAAACCUCUCCUGCUAUCUUUUCCGCUCCCGCAAGGCAUGAAGAGGAGCAGAAACAGAUUUUAUAG